UUUCUUCCUCCCUCUUCUUCUCUGUCAAUAAGAGACCACAAGAAAACGCAUUUUAUCUUUUUCUUUCCUUCGCACUCUCACCACUGAGACCAUACUUCCCUCUAUCCUUCUUACAUCUUCUCAACCCUCUGUCUACCCAUCAUCACUGAAACCUGAAAAAUGUCUCUUGUAAUCCCCUCAUCCUCUGCAGUCCCUUUGCAUUUUUCUAAAUUGGAGAUUAACAGUUUGAGUUCCCACCAAAAAUUUGCCUCUAAUUUCUUCAUCCCUUUUCAUCAUGAAGUGGGCUUCUGUUGCAAACCAAGGCAUAUCGGGGUCCACGUGAGAAAUGAACCGAAUGUUCUUCAUAAGUAUACAGUUAGGUCUAAGGGGUUUGAUUUUGAGUCGAUUGACAAUGAGACCUUGAGUUUUGAUGACGAUGAUGUUGAAGAUAUGGGGUCGCCUUGGGAAGGUGCUGUUGUGUACAAGAGAAAUGCCUCAAUUUUACAUUUGGAAUACUGCACUACCUUGGAGAGAUUAGGUCUAGCAAAGCUUUCAACCGAUCUCUCAAAAACUAGAGCUGCUGCUAUGGGAUUGCGUGUUACCAAAGCUGUGAGAGACUUUCCAAAUGGUACUCCUGUUCAGAUAUCUGUAGAUGUGACCAGGAAGAAGAAAAAAUUGAGGCUUGAUGGGAUCAUAAAAACUGUCAUCACUCUUCUUUGCAAUAGGUGUUGCAUGCCAUCUGCUGAGAGCAUAUUCUCUGAGUUCUCACUUUUACUCACUGACGAACCCAUUGAAGAACCAGAGACUAUUGAUAUGGGCAUUAUUUUUGGGGAAGAAAAACUUACAAACGGUGGUAAGGAUGACGAUGAUGACGAUGCACUUAUUGAUUUGGAGGACCAAUUAUAUUUUCCUUCACAAGAGAAUCAAAUUGACAUUUCAAAGAACAUAAGGGACAGGGUGCAUCUUGAGAUUACCAUGAAUUCAGUAUGUGAUCCUGGGUGCAAAGGCAUGUGCUUGAAAUGUGGCCAAAACUUCAACACUGGCAACUGCUCUUGUAGCAAGGAGGAAGUAAAAGAAAAAAGCUAUGGCCCGCUUGGAGAUUUAAAAGAGAAGAUGCAGUUGUAGCAUUUAUGAAGUUCAUGCAGUAUUUGCUCAAAAAUUCUGUAUCAUUAUGUGUAGAAGUUCUGAUCUUGAUGGAUUUUUUAUGUUCUGACAUUCUCAAGAGCCUAGCAAGGGCUCUUGAAUCCAUGGUCAUUCAUGGCAUGGAUGAUAGAUGUUAUAGAUAUAUGCAUGGUUCAUUUUCUAGUAGCAGCUACGCCUCAAAGCCUGUCUCUGGUAUUAGCAUUAUCUAAAUCUCCUCUUACUUGGAUUUUACUAAGAUAGUUCGAUUUAAAAGAUUAGAAGAAGGUUGCAGUGAUUUGCGUAUUAAUUGUCAUCUUUUUCUGAUGUCAAUUCUUGUAUACUUUUAAUUUUAAAACAUAUUUAAAAGAGUUUGAUAUUC